UAAAGCAUACAUAUCCACUGUUUUUGAGAAUUCCAAAGGCUUAGCAAAAAUGAAAGCUGAUCCUUUCAAAAUACUCAAAAGCUAUACUGUAAUUGCCUCUUACUGCUAACUGUUAAGAAGAUGGCUUCUUUAUUAUAUUUUGUUAAUGAUUAUAAACCCCUGCCGGCUCCUUUGACUCUGUUUAAAAUUAACAAGAGCAUCUAGUAAAUCACUAAACAAAUAAUGGAACAGUCCCACACACUGCCUCCCAGCCCACUGAUACCAACCCACAAGGACAGGUUUUCAAUUAUAGGAUUCCACUAUCUGCAGCCAAGCAACCCUCUCUCAUAAAUUCCACAGAACACCACCGCAAAGCCCAAACCAGAAGGAGUAUAUUUAGCAGAAACAUCUCUGCACGGGAACCCUGUACUGAUUCCAGCAAGGUGAACAUUUGUCAUACUAUCUGCUGUCUGGGUUUUUAAAGCUUGCCAUGCAUCACCAGCUGCCAGAGCCCACAGCCAAUCCAUGCUGGCAGCAAGGACUCACACAGGGGCUCAGCCCGAGUGGCACCGUGCAUGAGGAGGCAGAGCCAGGGCCACAGGAGGAAUUCCACAAGCACUUAUACAGGUGCAGCAUGCGUUGAUGGCUGUUUGGACGAGAGACUGCUGAAUAUUUCCUAACCCCCCCUCUGAGGACAGCAGCAAGCCCUUGGGUUCAGAGAGUACUGGAGGAGAUGGGAGGUAGAAUGAAACACUUUCUUCCUUAAAUGAUGUGUCAGGACACUUACUGUGUCUCACAGCUGUGUCCACCAAAGCUCAUUUGGAUAACCACCAUUUUGUAGGCAUCUCUUAAGAACAUAAGAAUAUUUACGAAUGAGAGGAGGCCAUUUAAACUCACCCAGUUUCUAGUAGCUGAUUGAUCUAAGAACUCUCUCAAGCUGGUUCUGAAAGGAUCCAAGUGUUUCUGCCUCAACAACAUGACUAGGUAGCCCAUUCUGUACCCUGACCACUCUGUGUGAAGUAGUGUCCUUCCCUCUGUCCUAAGUCUAUCUCUACUUAAUGUCCUCUGGUCUUGGUUUCUGUACUGCGCUUAAAGUAUUGGUUUGGGUUACUGUAACUAUGUCAACUCCUUUGUUCCAGGCUUAAUAGAUUCAGUUCUUUCAACCUUUCUUCGGAAUGUUACCCAAGGGAGCAUUCCACAGUUGCUUUUCAUAUGUUUUUAUUACGUCAAACAUGUGUCCCAAGUGGCCGGUUUCACAGACUCCGAUUAUCAUUCAUCUUGUAAUACCUAAUAUUACUUUAGGUAAGGUAAUCCUAGAUUAGUUCUAAUCCUGGUUUGUGAAACCAGCCAAUAAUCAGCCACUUUGGUUCAAAUUUUCUUAUGUAUUUCUGGCAAUACACAGCUGUGCACGCGAUGGUGCUGGCACUUACUAAUAUUAAGACACCUUGGCUGAUCUAGCCUACAUUAUGUCAAUAGAAGGCAACAUGAAUGGAAAAGCAGCUUCUGAACUAAUAGUCAAAGCACGUUAACACAGACAAACAAAAUGAUUGUACAUCAUGCAAAGUUAAGCGGCAAAGAGAAGUAAUUUUCUAUAGAAUAUAGACUACAUGAUUUUAAAGCCAGCCAACCUGCAGAGUGCACAUUGCCAUUAUCAGAUCAGGUGAGUGCAGAGGCGCUGUGGAUGGUUCUUCGAGAGCAGUCCAAACUCCAACUGAUGAAGAUGGACAAUGAGUGGACAAUGAACACCCAGGUAAGACCAAUUAAAUACAUAUCUUCCCAGUUACCCAAACCUACCCAUUAGCAAAAAUGGUCUCUAAGCCAGUGCAUUCCCUUGUUGACUGACUCCACUGCCGAUCAGGUAUCCCAGUUUGAGCCGAACAGCAGGAGAAUUGGCUCACAUGUUAAACUGACACAUUUCCAUAUGAAAAACACAAUACAAAUGUGUUAUCCAUCAGGGCCCAAAUAAGCAAACGUAUGUACCCAAUAACCCUUUAACACCAUUAGUGCCUGUCACAAAGACGGCCGGAGUGGGUGGCGUCAGACCAGAUGCAGGAAAUAAACAGACAGAGAGUUGUGGUUUGAUGGAGCUGAGCGAAUGCUUUCGCUCAGCAUUUAAUAAACAGAACAGAAAAUAAAAGGUUUGAAACAACAAAACACAGCACACGGCACUUGAGGCCAAAAUAAAUAGACAAACAAAACGGACUACACAGACAAACAAACACGGUGAACAGAUACUCUAACUAUUUACGUUUACAAUUUACAAUUACCUCCGUCUCCAAACCCGUUCUCCACUCACCGAACACCUAACCCCGAGUGACAGAAACGUGCAUCUAUAUAUACUGUUGUGCUGGGAUUCAAUUACUAAUUAAUUACUCACUUGAAUCCCAGCACGUGAAUUCAUUACGUGAAACCCCGUGUUCACAUAUUAUAUUUUAAAUGCACGUGCGUGAUGUGCAAUCCCGUGCCUAAAUACAAAUAUACAAUUUAAACACACGUGAAACACAGACCCGUUUAUAUCCCGUGUACCAAUCUAUACACCAACAUUAACAUACGCACCAUACAUACAACACAGAACACACAAAUGCACACAGGGGCGGGGCACUUUGCCACAUAUACCCCCCCUUGUGCGCAGCACACAUGGCCUCAACGGCCACCUCCCCCCUUAAAUACCCAGCAGUCCAGGCCAAAGUCUCGGGCUGGGAAGGGAGGCUUCAGUGGGCCCAUGUCUGGAAAUGCUGUCAGCUCCCCUGCCGGUAGUGGCAUGGCUGACAGCAUGCUGGUCCCGUCCUGCAGCGAAAAAGCUGCGGGGGCAGGUGGUCCCCCGACCUCCCCCUUCUUCGUAGCCGGCAGCUCCCUCCUGUGGGGCUCCGGCCACAAGAAUUCCUGCAGCGAAACUGCUGCUGGGGAAAGUGGUCUCCAGACCUCGUCCCCCUUCUUCGUGGCCGGCAGCUCCCCUUUCUGGGGCUCUGGCCACCGUACUCCCUGUGGAGGUACGGGCAGCAGAGGCAGCUCCUGCUCCUCUGCUCCGGGCGGUGGCGGAAGCAGAGGCAGCUCCAGCUCCUCUGCUCCUGGUGGUGGUGGAGGCAGAGGCAGCUCCUGCUCCUCUGCUCCUAGUGGAGGAAGCGGUGGAGGUGGCGGAGGCAGCUCCUGCUCCUCUGCUCCUGGUGGUGGUGGAGGCAGAGGCAGCUCCUGCUCCUCUGCUCCUAGUGGAGGAAGCGGUGGAGGUGGCGGAGGCAGAGGCAGCUCCUGCUCCUCUGCUCCUUCCGGUGGAGGUGGCGGAGCCAGAGGCAGCUCCUGCUGCUCUGUUCCUGCCGGUGGAGGUGGCGGAGGCAGAGGCAGCUCCUCUGCUCCUGGCGGCGCUGGCUCCCUCCGCUGUGGCGGCUGGGCUGGUGCGCGCCGUACUGCCUUCAGCAGCAUGAAUAGAGGCUGCUGGGUGACACCAGCCUCCUGCCCCUCUCCCCCCCAAAAAUCUUCAGGGGGUUGGGCCUGUAACUCCUCCCCUUCCGGCUCUUGGGGCUGAACCAGCAGGCAUUUUCCCUCUGCUGGUGGCUUGGGUCCCAGAGCUGUGGAAGCCCCGACUUGCCUCCCUUUGGGCUGUGGACGCACCGACUCCUCCCUUUUGGGCUGUGGACGCACCGACUCCUCCCUUUUGGGCUGUGGACGCACCGACUCCCCCCUCUUGGGCUG